GGAACAGAUGAGCAUCCAAUAUGGCGGCCUCCAUAGAACACGGCAGAAAGGCUGUUGGCAGCUCGGAUGUGGACCUGUUAUUACACCCUGAGCUGCUGUCUCAAGACUUCAUGCAGCUCAUUUUAACUGAGAAACUUGUCAGCACCAGAGAAUGUGAGAGUCGGGACCGGCUCAUGGAGCUCUACCUCCGGCAUGUCAUCCCGCUGCCGCAGCGGACUCUGCCCGACAGCCGCUGGGGCAGGAGGGUGCAGAGGAGCCGUGGACCACCGGAGGCUAACAGCUCCAGUAAUGACCACAAGAGGAAAAGGCCUCUGAUUGUGUUCGACAGCCGCUCCUCUCAUUCCGGCGCCCUGAAAGUGGGGAAACCAGAGGGAACCACCGCGUCAACGGGGAUCACUGACAGGUUAAAACCUCCUCCAGCUGCAAACCCAUCCAACCCCAUCCGCAACCUAUCAGGCAACACCUCUUCCUCGUCCAUUCAUUGCAGCACUGACACAGCAAACCUCAAACGAGAAGCGAACAGCUCGGUUCCACUCGAGUCUCCAGAGGUGAAGAAAAAGAUCCAUCAUGUGACGUGGCCCUGACCUCUGACCCCUCUUCGCUCAGACCUGACGAGAGCUCGGGCUCUGGAGGACAAAAUUGCUGCCCUCCCAUCACUGAACACCCAGCUGAGGUUGCUCACUCCCUAUUGGUUCUCCCCAUCACAUUCCUCUCACAAAUUGCAUCAGGGAAGGAGGCGAAAACCCUUUACCUGUGUGUCCAGGUCUCCUCCCUGCUCUCGGUCAGUCUGAGAGCUGAUGCAAUGGAGCAGUGUAGCUUUCCUAAACUUCAAGUGCCCUUACCCUCAACGGUCUGCGACUCCAGGAUGCCUUUCAGGGGAAAUGAAAUGUUCACAUUAUGUUUCUCUGGAUGAGUCGGUUUUGAUUAUAGGGCCAUGAGUAUUGGUUUGUACUGAUGUAAAGGUGAGAUUAUUGGAUUGGUGUUUUUGAAAAGAGUCAAACGGAGGCUAAACUCUUCUCACAGUCUGAGACACAGAGCGGCAAAGUGUGCGAUAGCCGGGGGCAUUGUGAAGAUAUUCUGUUGAAGUAUUUAAAAAAAAUACUUCUGUCGUGUUUUAUUUGGUUGGUGAAUACAUUAAAUAAAACACUACAUUCACAUUGAACACGCAGGGCAUUUUAGAAAGUGUUUGUGUGCUUUGAGUUACUUUUAUUUUAUAUUAGUGUAGUCACAGAGAGAAAUUGCUUUCCAAGUUGUAUUUGGAAUUCUAAUCCUCAAGGUGUUCCAGUACCAUUUUUCCCUUCCUGAUUCCGAUACCUCGACUGAUAACAAGUACUGAUCCGACAACACUGCAAUAAUACUAAAAUAGAACUUAUAAUGUAGUUUUACAGCUGGGUGCUACUAACCUUGUAUGGAAGUUAUGGUUUCUACCAUUGUUUUAUGGCCUGUUUCAAGAUGAACUCUUUGAAAAACAAACAUAUACAGAGAAUAAAUACCAUAAAACUUAUUUUAUCAUCCAUUUUGAAAGUCACAAGUGGAAAGGAACAAAAAUAAAUACAUGUAGGAUUACACAGCAGUCGCUUCCUUUAAAUACUUCCAGCAUGAUAUUGCUGCCAAUGUAUGUGGCUCUGGUUGAUGCCACAAUGCUGGAAAUCACUUCUUCUCUGCUCUUAAAAACAGCACCUGCUAGUGGCAGUAAAGCAGAAUUCAG